CCACAUCAAAGCUGACAUCAUUUCAUGAGCUCAUGAAGGUACUUGUGCAGCUACAGACAAACACAACAACAGUUUAAAAAAUUCACUUUGCACAGAAGCCAAAAAGAUUUUUUUCCCUCUUCUUCAUCAUCUAUGAUGGAGGGUUUUGCUGAUCUCCUCACUGAUGCGUUUUCAGACAGUUCAGUUCCAUCGUUUUCAACGGGAGAUUUGGACUUUGAGAAUUUAUGUUUUGAUGAGAAGAGUGAGGAGGAACAGGCAGAAAACCUAACGACGGAGGCAGAGGAGACUCAGCUUCAGGAAGCAACUGCAGAAGUUGCAGCUUUGUCAGAGGGCCCCCUUGCAGAUGCACUAAACAUGGAGGAGAAUGCUUAUGAAGAGCAGUCUGAUGAGGAAAACAGUGAAGAGGAUUUAGAAGGGAUCAGUUUAAGCAGUAAAACCCUGGAGGGUGAAAACACAAGCACUGAAGGUGAAGAAGAACAAAAAGAGGAGGGGGCUGAGAGAGAUGAGGAAGAAGAUGAUACACUGAUGUCGAUACAUAGCAGUGAUGUCUGUGAUUUCAAAAAGGAGGAUGGGAUCAUUGAUGAUGAAGACUCUGAGGAUUCUGAUGAACUUCAAGAUAGUGACACAAACCAAGAAGAGGUGGACAGUGACAAGGAAGAGGACAUUGAAUGCAGACAUGAGAAGACAGUGGAAAGUGCUGAAAGUGAGGAGGAAGAGGAGGAGGAGGAAGAGGAGGAGGAAGUAGACGGAGAAGAGGACUCCUCUGAAUCCGAGUAUGAAAACAUGAAAACUGAAGAAGAAAACAUUCAUACUGAGGAAAAAGAAAAUCCACACAAUGCAGAUCCUGCAGAUUCUGGUUUGGAGUUUCCCUCCAUAUCUUUCCAGAAUCUGCAGGAUCUCAUUUCUGAAGUAGAUGGUGAAGUUUACAAUGAGAAAAUGUCAGACUUUACAGGUGAGGAGCACCAGGAGGCAGGUGAGAGCUUUGCAGAGUAUCCCUCAGACUUUUCCUCUACUGAAUAUGCUAGAAACCCAGUUAACGCACAAAGAGCCUCUCCUCAGCCGGGGGAGGGAAAAUACCUGGAAAGCACCGUUACAGAAAGCCUUUGGACCGAAACAUCUGAGAAGGCUGAUUACGGAGAGGAAGAAGAGUUCUUGUUCAGCAGAGACAUGGAGAUGAAUGCCGAUAAGAUAAUAGGAUCAGAUGAGACAGUUAGAGAAGAAGAUGAGAAAAAAAACGAUCAUUUGUUGAGUGUGACGUGCUCUGAUGAUGAGGAUAAAACAAGUGAGAGUGACUCUUACAGCUCCAGUGAUGAGGAAGAGCCACUGAGACGAACCAGUGAUGUAUUUUCAGAUAAGUCAAGGACCCUUUACCUUGAAGAAGACACCAAACUGGAGGACUUUAAGUUUCACAGUGGCAGCGACACUGAUGACACCAGGAAUGACAGAUAUGAUUCAGCUGAUUUCCUCAGAUCAGCUCUUUCAGGGUCAGAUGUAUUAGAAACCAACAACUUUCUGUUAGAAUACCUGCAGACUGCAGACGACACAAAUUCACCCCCUUCAGAUAUAAAUCAGCAUCCAGAACAAGAUGGUAACACCUACUCCGCAGUGCAGAGAGAAGAAAUGAAAGUCGGAAGUCCAUUCAUCCACGGAUCCAUCGACGACAGCUUCUUCUUUAACGAAGAACCCAGUAACUUCCCCGAGGACGGGCAGGAGGAGGAGGAGGUGGAGGAGGAGGAGGAUGAAUAUGAAGAGAGGAGGAACUUUGAACAGAUGAAGCAGAGAAUUGAAGCCUUCCAAAAGUUCUACAACGACAGCGAUGACGAGAACGGACGAGAAGAGAGGCAGAUCAAAGUUCAGUUUUGUGCAGAGCCCUUAUCUCAAGUGAACUAUUAUGAUACUGACAGCAGUGACAGAGACUCCCUCAGCACCGACUCAGACGGGGAGGAGGAUAACGGCUCUCCAGUACAAUUUGAUGAACCACAGGAGCCUGAAGAAGAGCUGAAGAUAAAACCUGUGUGUGAUCCUCCGAUCAUUCAGCAUGAAGAGAAGCCUGCAGAUAUUGAUAACUCACAGACCUGCAAAGAAACACGCAAGUCUCUCAGCCCAGUAAAGCUGAUUGCGGCGUUGGGAGCGGCGGCGGUGACAGGAGUCCUGAUGUUCUGGCUGACUUCAGACCGACCUGAGUGGCUCAGAGAGCUUUUCCUCUUUUAGAAACUAAUUUUGGCUACAUUAUCUUACAUUUAUUGUUAUAAUAAGAUGAGAAACUGCUGUAUAAAAAAUGAUGAAAUGCCCUGUAUAUAUACACACAUUCUUAUCUUUAAAGCUUUUAUAUGAAAAAUGCUUAAAUGUAAAAUGUGACUUACCAGAUACUUAAGCAGAAUUUGUCACUAGAUUAAGCUACAGGAUACUCGUUUAUGU